UUGAUAUAGUCCCACCCGAUAUUACCCUAGCUAUACCGCUUUGAUAAGGAAUACUUUCGGGUUUUAUACUGAUUUCUACAAUGUCGCUCUACAGACAGUAACAUACCAUGGGUUUCAUGAAGAGCUGUGGACGUCUGGUCAUCUACUACAUCAACGGGCUUUUCGGGCUGGUGGCGGCGGUAUGUCUGGUAGGAGGAAUGUUCGUCAAGUUCGGGUCGGACGAUUUGAAAUCAUUGCUGCCUGAUUUAAUGAGGGAACUUGUCAGAAAAAUUGACCCAAUAUUAAGAGCGACCCACAGUUCAUCGGAGAAAUUUUUAAACAACCUUGACCUUGAGAAGUUGCUAGGCAAUGCAGCAGAUGUAUUCAUCGUGUUCGGCGCCGUUUUGCUCUUUGUUGUUUUCUGGGGCUGUUUUGGCGUCAGCUGCAAGUCCAAAUGUGGCCUUUAUGUGUACAGCUGUAUACUCCUGCUGAUUCUGAUUGGUCAGAUUGUUUGCGCCAUCUUGAUAACAAAACGACGGGACCUCAUCGACGAAAACUUAAAGCCACAGUUACGUUCGUCCAUUAAAGACCUUUAUCAGGGAGACCAUGCUAUGGACGCCAUUAGUGUUUUAUGGAAUGCCGUCAUGCUUAAGUUUUCGUGUUGUGGUGUUGACAGUUCUCAAGACUUUGUAUCUGGAAAAUGGAACAACACACCGAUUGCUGAAAUUAUCAACGCAAAUAAACAGCUUGACACGCCGCUGGUUUGCUGUACAGAGGCUGCGAGGUCGAAAUCAGCAACCAAUUGGUGGAAUUGUGCAAUAUCCACACUGAAUCCUUCAGAUUCAAAUUAUAAUAAGGGUUGCUAUGGCGAGGUGUGGCAGUAUUUGGAACACUACAUCAACAUAGUGGUGGGUUGUGUUGGCGGUCUGGCGGCGUUAGAGCUGUUGUUAGCAAUUUUUGCUAUUAGCAUAGCAAGAGGAAUGGACAAAAAGAACAAAGUGAAUUCUGAGAAAAGUGGAAAAGGAAAAAGAUAGGUAAACGGACGAUGAUGUUGUUUAUACCGGACAUUAUACCGUCAUAUAAAUGAAAGAUCUACAGUGAUGCAAUGUUGUUCUGAUGUUCGGGAAAAAACCCUGACCGGAGUUCAAUUACUCUGUGAAAGAUUUAAAUUCCGUCCAUGACGAACGAAAACAUCCUAUGUAAAGACUUUGUGAAC